AUGCCUUCUGGGUUCGAAAGAUUGCUUCACCACUCACCAACUCCGUCACCCCCGCCACGAAGAACCUCCACAACAUCACGCUAUCACCUCUUCAUCCGACAACAGCCCAUCGCAGCCCGGGCUUGUGGUGCCGGUGACCGAGACCGCCGCCCUGUAGACCCACCUCCAAUCCUCCAGUUGCUGUUAACGGACUUUGACCCCAGCACAUCAGAUGAUAUCAAUGUCCUUCAAGAUCCGCGCUUUACCGUUGGUUGCUUCUUGGUUCCCGAAACGCGGGGUUCGAUCUCGUCCGAUCUGGAUGGUGAUAGUGCACUUCGAGAGGACCGUCUCGGGACUGCUCCUGGUCAAUCUACACCAUUGCUUUCGGGAAAAGCAUUUGUCCCACCUUUCUUUGUCGAUGAAGAUCCAGACCCAGCAACUGCUCCUAAUCAUCCAUCAACGUAUGAUUUUCACCUACCGGAAAAAAGGAUGCAGCUCGCCCCGUCAUCAUCCAACGGAGCCAAACAGCCCGCAGCAUUUUUCAUAUUCUCCGAUCUCUCCGUGCGUACAGCUGGACUGUAUCGCUUGCAAUUCCGGCUCAUGAACUGGGGCCUCGUUGAGGACACAGGACAAUCGAUGCCCGUCCUUGCCGAAGUAUGGUCUGAUCCUUUUCGCGUCUUCCCUGCCAAAGACUUUCCCGGGAUGCGAGACUCCUCACGUCUCACGGAAGGUCUCAAGGAACUAGGUUUUGUCGAACUGAAAACCAGGGGAAAAGGAAAAGGGAAGGGCCGACGGAGUCAUAAGAGUUACAUUAGUCUAUACAUGGUACUAGUUCAUAAAGACGCCUACUUAUUACAUAGAGACCCCUCCCUCACUUAUAUGGAAGCGUCAGACGUUUCAGAUGGCCAGUUAUGUUGGUUGGUAAUACUAAUCGAGUUGCUAAAAUUACCAGAGCCCAGCUCGCCAUCGUAG